AUCAUUCUUUACUCAUGUGCGUGCUGUCAAGAUCGAUCUGUCAAGAUCUAAUCAAAUGUGCAGUGGUCAAACGUGGUUCGCAGCAACAAAAUUUGUGAUUCCAGAAAAUUAAGUGAAUUUUGAUUCUACCGGGCGUAAAAUUAUCGUUUUAAAAUCAAUCGAUCGAUGAUUAAGGGCCCUUUGAUCACUUCAGUUAUAAGUUUUACCUCGGUAGAUCACUAAUUCCAAAGUUUUCUUGGGUCAAAAUUUUGUUGAUGCUGAAAUUUUAUGAGGAAAAAUGCGAAAAAAAAGGUACAACAGGUAAAGCCCAUUCAGAAGAAGAAGGCUCAAUGAUGUCAUCUCUCAGCAACAAGUCCACGGCACGGUGUAUUCUACGCUGGAUCUCCGGACUCCAGGGGUACGGAUUUUUCCUGACUGGAUCCGCUCCUUGGAACUCCUCCUUCAGCUCGAUUUUGUGCUCAAUGAGCCCCGUUUUGCCGAGAUUUCCAGGACUCGCUAAUCUGGUCGUCACCCUCGUCGAGCGUCUCGACACUCUGGUGAACCGACGGACGGAUUCCAAACUUCUGCCAAAAAUCGUAUCCUAGGAUACAACGACGUUUUAGAUCUGGAGCAAUCAAAACAGGUAAGAUCUUCGUCUCUUCAUUGAAUGUAAUUGGUACAUCUGCACAACCUACGACGUUCAUCUGCUGUCCCGCAGCUGUCUUCAAUGACACUGCUGACUCUCUCACCUUCAGUCCUAAUGAAUGGAUCAAUUUUUCUCCUCCUUUGCCAAGAACAGUUCUUGCUGCUCCGCUAUCUAACAAUCCUACGACGGUAAUACCCAGGAACUCAACUCUCGCGAAUGGC